AUGCAGUUCUAUGCCAUAAACGAUGACCUUAUUUCAGCUCGUAACUUGUUUGAUAAAACUCCCCAUCGAAGCGUCUACCUCUGGAAUUCCAUAAUUCGAGCAUAUGCUAAAGCGCAUAAGUUUUCUGAUGCAUUUUGGCUUUUCAAACAAAUGUUUAGCUCAGAAACAAUGCCUGAUAACUUUACAUUCACGUGUAUUUUGCGUGCAUGUUCUGAGAAUUAUGAUUUUGAGGGAAUGAGGCUUGUGCAUGGAAGAGUGAUAGUUUGGGGUUUAGAAUUGGACUCCAUUUGUAGUAGUGCAUUAGUGCGUGCUUAUUCAAAACUGGACCUUGUUCAUGAAGCAACUGGAGUAUUUAAUCGGAUAACUGAGCCGGAUUUGGUUUUAUGGAAUUCAAUGAUUUGGGGUUAUGGGAGUGGUGGGCAUUGGGAUAAAGGGCUACAAUUGUUUAACAGUAUGCGAAGAAUAGGGAAGCAGCCUGAUGGGUAUACUCUGGUUGGGUUGAUUUCGGGUGUAGUGGAUCAGUGCUUGCUGGAAAUUGGCCAAGGGAUUCAUGGGUUUUGUUUGAAAAGUGGUUUUGAUUCUAAUGCUUACAUAGGUAGUGUACUUGUGAGCAUGUACUCUAGAUGUAAAUGCAUGAAUUCUGCACGUAGAGUUUUUUAUUGUUUAUCUCAGCCUGAUUUAGUUACAUGGUCUGCUUUGGUAACUGGUUUUUCUCAGACUGGAGGGUAUAAAAAUGCCUUGGUCUUCUUCAAGAGAAUGAUUAUGGAAGGUAGAAAGGCUGAUCCUCUAUUGAUUGCUAGUGUGCUGGUGGCCACUGCUCAGUUGGCUACUGUAGACCCUGGCAGUGAGAUACAUUGUUAUGCUGUUAGGCAUGGGUGUUCCUCGGAGGUCAUGGUCUCCUCUGCUCUCAUUGAUAUGUACUCAAAGUGUGGUUUCUUGGGAUUGGGUGUUCGGGUUUUCAAAACUAUGCCUACGAGGAACAUCAUUACUUACAAUUCCAUGAUUUCUAGUCUCGGUUUAUAUGGACUUGCAACCGAGGCGUUUGAAAUGUUUGGAGAAAUAGUUGACAAAGGAUAUAGACCGGAUGAAUCCACUUUCUCUGCUCUCCUUUGUUCUUGCUGCCAUGCUGGUCUUGUCAAAGAUGGUCGGGAUUAUUUUAGAAGAAUGAAAGAUGAAUUUGAAGUUCAAGCUAAAACUGAGCAUUAUGUUUACAUGGUAAAGCUUGUAGGGAUGUCUGGCGAGUUGGAAGAGGCUUAUGAUCUGAUCCAAUCCUUGCCAAAACCAGUGGACUCUGGUAUUUGGGAGGCACUUCUGUCAUGCUGUGAUGUCCAUCAAAAUUCCGAAUUGGCAGAAAUCGUAGCUCAGCAGCUCUUUGAAAAUAAACCAGAGAAAACCACUUACAAGGUUAUGCUUUCUAACAUAUAUGCUGGUAACGGAAGAUGGGAUGAUGCGAAGAAUGUGAGGGAUGAUAUCGCUGGAGAAAACAGAAAGAUGGCUGGGAUUAGUUGGAUCAGUGGUGUCAAAUGAAGAGUUCAAUUUAUACUUUAUGAAACUUUCCUUCCAUAUUUUGGUGAUUUACAUAAAUAGUCAGAUGCUCAACACAAUAGGAGAAGCUUCUAAACAGGU